AUGCUCACUUUCCGCCGCGCCCUGGUGGCAGCGGCCUUUUUCCUCACAGUCUUCUACCUCAUAUCAUCAUCCUCGUCGAACCCUCCAUCAGUAACGACACCAGCUAUCCCUAAAGCCGACGCCGAUGUCGAGGCAGCCAAGCAUGCAUCAACAACUGCUGUAACCGACAAGAGCCCCUCGGGGCACAACUCGGCCCAACAAAACCCCCAGGGGCAACGACCGAUCCAAGACAUGUCGAGAAUGACACUAUACGAGAAGCUCGCGUAUCAGUUCCCCUACGAUGUAGAAUCCAAGUUCCCCGCCUACAUUUGGCAGACAUGGAAGUGGACACCGGCUCACAGCGAGUUCACCUUCCGUGACCAAGAGGCUACAUGGACACAGCAACACCCAGGGUUCAUCCACGAAGUCAUCACAGACAAGGUCGCCGUACAUCUUAUCCGCCUACUCUACACAUCAGUUCCCGAGGUGGUGGAGGCCUACAAUGCGCUUCCCUUGCCCGUCCUCAAGGCCGACUUCUUCCGCUAUCUGAUCCUGCUGGCGAGGGGCGGCAUCUACUCGGACAUCGACACGUAUGCGAUUCGGAGCGCCGUCGAGUGGAUUCCCGAUUCGGUCCCCAAAGAUGCCAUUGGCUUGGUGAUUGGUAUCGAGGCCGACCCAGAUAGGCCGGAUUGGAAAGAGUGGUACAGCCGGAGGAUCCAGUUCUGCCAGUGGACGAUCCAGAGCAAGCCCGGCCAUCCCGUGUUGCGGGAGGUCGUUUCGCGCAUUACGAAUGCGACGCUGGCGAUGAAGAGAAACGGAACGCUGAGGGGCAUAAUUGAUAAGAACGUUAUCGAGUUUACGGGGCCUGCCCUCUGGACGGACGUCAUCUUCGAGUAUUUAAACGACAAGCGGUAUUUCGACAUGACACACUCUGCGGGAUCGAUCGACUGGAAGAACUUUACGGGUAUGGAGGUCUCGAAGCGGGUAGGAGACGUUGUCGUUCUCCCCAUCACGAGCUUUUCCCCUGGUGUGGGCCAGAUGGGUGCCAAGGAUUAUGAUGAUCCCAUGGCUUUCGUAAAGCAUGAUUUUGAGGGCACAUGGAAACCCGAGAGCGAGCGCCACAUUGGCGAAAACAAAUAA